GUUCACCGUUGCUAUGGAAACACAGAAAAGCUUUACCGGAAAAUAGCUGAUAGGGAGUUUAUGACAAGUUAUUACAGCUGGCUAAUAAGUAAACACAAACUGUUAACUAAACAAGUAAAUAGUAUAUAGAAGUAGUAAUCACUGAAAAAAAAUCGACGAUGCAUCCUGAACCCAUCGAAUCCGGUGAGGUGGAAGAAGAGAGUGGCGAGGACUCCAGUACGACCCUGCAAGCUGGAGAUGCAGAAAUAUUGCUGAACGCAAUGUCAACAACUUACAGUAAACUAGAGGAGGCCCCCACGGCGAACUGCAGCCCCCUGCCAAACGAUUUCGAAGGAGACCGUUGUGUGUCCUCACAUACAGAAGUCGACAAACUCAUACAAGCCCAACAACAAGAGAAAAAGGAAAAGGACUCAGGUCCAAGAAUGACAAAGACAUUUCUGAAGGACCACUGCAAACAAAAUAAACUCUACAUGACACCUCGAUUGAAUGACACACUGUAUUUGCACUUCAAAGGCUUCUCCACUAUAGAGAAUCUGGAGGAGUACACUGGGCUGAAGUGUCUCUGGCUGGAGUGCAACGGGCUGCUGCGCAUCCAGAACCUGCAUGCCCAAACAGACUUACGCUGCCUCUUCCUCCACCAGAACCUCAUACACAAUCUGGAGAACUUAGAACCACUCAGCAAGCUCUGCACCCUCAAUGUCUGCAACAACUACAUACGCACCAUCGAAAACAUUGCCUGCCUCCCUGAUCUGGGCACCCUGCAGAUAGCCCAUAAUAAGCUGCAGACAGUGGGAGACGUGGAGCAUCUGAGUCAGUGCCUCUCCCUCAGUGUACUGGACAUGUCCCACAACCUGCUGGAUGACCCAGACAUCCUCACUGUGCUGGAGAGAAUGCCUGAACUGCGUGUGCUGAACCUGAUGGGAAAUGAAGUGAUAAAGAAAAUCCCAUACUACAGGAAGACUAUGAUCAUACGUCUAAAACAGCUCACGUACCUGGAUGACCGGCCUGUGUUCCCAAAGGACAGGGCAUGUGCGGAGGCGUGGGGGACAGCGGGUCCAGAGGGGGAGCGCAGGGAGAGGGAAUCAUGGCAAACACGAGAGAGAAGGAAGAUCCAGGACAGUCUGGACGCCAUGGCAACCAUCAGAGACCAAGCCAGGGAGAGACUGCGAGUCAGAGAGCUGCAAGAGAGAGGGGAGUAUGAGACCACUACAACUCCAGAACUUGAGAGCCCCAGUGAAAAGAACCAGAACCAGAAUCAGAGCCUGGGCUGGGAGGAGAGGAUUCAGGCAUUUGUGGAGGACAGUCUGGAGGCCCAUGAAGAGUUCCUACAGACACAGAGAGAACAGCCAGAAAAGGAGGAGCUAGGGAAUGAACAGCCACUGAAGAAGCAGCUAGACAGAGAACAACCAGAAAGAGAGUAUCCGGAGAGAGAUCAGCUAGAGAGAAAGCACCAAGAGGGAGAUCAGCUAGAGAGAGAAGACCAAGAGGGAGAUCAGCUAGAGAGAGAGCACCAAGAGGGAGAUCAGCUAGAGAGAGAGCACCAAGAGGGAGAUCAGCUAGAGAGAGAGCACCAAGAGGGAGAUGAGCUAGAGAGAGAGGACCAAGAGGGAGAUCAGCUAGAGAGAGAGGACCAAGAGGGAGAACAGCCAGAUGGAGAGCAAGCAGCAGAACAAAGCUUAAAGGAAGAACUGUUAAACCAGUCAAAGAGAGAACAACUACAAAGAAGGCAGCCAAAGAGAGAGAAGUUAGAGAGAGAGCAGUCAGUAUGUGGCCAGCCAGAGUCUCAGACAGCUGGGGUGAUUGUAGAGCACGGUCCUGGACCAAUGGUGACUGAGCUAGAGGAGAGAGAGGACCUGGAGACCAUCCACCUGGAGCCACGCCCACCACUUCGUAUUGAUGAUCUCCCUGAUCUGGAGGAUGUGAAUGUUGAAGAUCCAGACAGCACCUGCAUCUUCUCCUCUCAGCAAGUAUUCCGGCCAAAGAUAGAGGUAAUUUCAGGAGACACCAACGAUGUAGAUCCAAUCAUACAUCAGAGUGGGACUGUGUGGAUCACAGAGACCACACCUACCUCAGAUCCAAGCUCAUCUUCACUGUUCAGGGUCUGUAACAACACGUCAAACAAAUCGCCCACCAAUCACCUGGUAGCAUUGGACCCAGAGGCGGGGGAUGCCCCAGAGCUGGUGAUAUCAGACCCUCAGGGAGAAGCCAGGCAGAGGCAGAGCCCUGAAGCCAGAAAACCAGGUUGUCUCAUUGAGGAGCUGGACUAACUCUGCAGAAGGCUGUGAUAGCAUUAACAACACUAGGUUUAGGUGUUCAAUCUGGGAAAGCCUUGUUUUGCUGAAUACAGGUACAAUGUAAGCACAGAGAGCUGCUAUGGAGCUAUUUUGCAGCCACGGGUUUACACCCAACACAUUUUCUGCACUAAACAAUUUUUUUUUUUUUUUUUUUUAGUUAUUCGUAGCUGUUCUGUUACUGGUUAUACUUUAUAUUCUGUAUUCUCAGGCUCAGUGUUCUAAAUUAAAUGUUCAUAAACUCCAUUCAAAUCCAUUCCAAGAUAAUCCCAGGCAGAUUAUAGCCAGGGCUCAUAAAAUAAAACGUUAUAGUACAGUAUGGGGAAUUUGUCUCAUUGCUUGUUACACAAAUACUUAAAAUAUACCACUAGGUGGCACUUAAGUACCAAAUGUGCGCCUCAUAUGUGCAAUAGACUGGCCCAUUCUUACAGAAAAUAAAACAUAAAAAACAAAAACAAGUUUAGAAAAUAGAAUAAUGAUGAUGAUGAUCAUGCAGAAAUGUGAACCUAACGAACAGUUAUUUUGUCAAAGUCUUUGCGAGUUUUAGUAGUAGGAUUAUUACAGACCUGCUAAUUUAAAAACACAUAGAAUCUCUUCUUUCUCAUUUAAUAUACCCUGGACUGGGGGUGAGAUUUCAGGGCCAAGUGCUCAGGUCAAAUACUGGUCACAGGGAGACUAGAGAAUAGAUUUUAGUAGAUUGGGUCUUUUAAAUAAAGGUACCAAAAAGAGGAUUAACAAAAAAUAUAUCCACCUGUCUCUUCAUCUCUCUCGUCAUAGCCACACGCAUGCACAAAUGGCAUUGUCUACUGUUCUCUAAAUCUUUGUUUCUGUUCAUGACCAUGUUCACAUCAUAAUUCACCAUCUCUUCAUGUUUCCUCCUCCCUAUACCCCUCCUCCCUCCCCUACUCUGACACAUGGGCUGUCAGGGUGCAUUGAGGGAUGCUGGGCAGGAACAAAGACAGAUUAAAUUGAUCUGCUCAUGACCUUCUGUUAUGAAAGGAUUUAAGAGCAAAGAUUACAAACACACACACACACACACAUUGCACGUUACAUGCUACACCAUACAUAUUAUUGUUAAUAUAUUUUAUUACAAAUGAAUGCAUGAAUUAUUAUUCAAUCUAACUGUUGGGAUCAAUCAGAUGUGUGUCUGAUUUCACAUCUUACAAUUGAAUAAAACAAAGCAUGCACCCCUUAAAGCAACUGCUCUGAGCAACCUCACAUGAAACUAUGAAAACAAACAUGUAAGUGAAGUGCAGCUUCUGAUAUCAUUUUUACAUUAUGAUGAAUCAUUACAUAAUAAGUCCACAGGCACAAUGUGUGUGGUGGCUAUUCCGUGCCCAGUGCCCACACAGGCAAUGCAAGAAUCAAUGAUUGGGGAAUAUAGGGAUUUAGUCAGCUGGUGGCUGAGUAAAAUACAUUUUGUACAGGUGAACUCUUAUAGCUCAUAUAAAAACACGAAAGUGGCUGGCCCGCCCCCAAAGUGACUUAUCAACUGUAUGCAAGGAUUCCUCUGUGUUGUCUAAGGAAUUCAGAAUUAUCUGACCAACCCCCAUCUCACCAACCCCCAUUGUCACACCUCUGGGUAGCAGAGGUUCUGUUGUCUUUACAGGUCUGAUAUCUGAUUGGAAGUUCAUUUUACAAUAAUGCUACUGAUCAACAACUCAGAUUCUGAAUCCGAACAACUAAAAUGUUAUAAAAGGUCUUAAAUUCAUUCUUUCUAUUUUUUGUUCCUGAACUGCUGUGGUGAGAUACUUCGUCUUUCUUUCUUAUUUUCUCCCUCUCCCAUGAGCUAUGUGCCAUGGCUCCAGCUAUGGUUUCUUUGUCUCUCUCUCUGACCAUGCCUAGAAUGCUUGCUAAUGCUUUGUAACUUAAGCUUUAUGUCUUGUA